AUGACGUCGUCCGGCGGCGCGGAUUACGGCGCGUCAGGCGGCGGCGGAAGCUGGGUAGCGCUCCUCCGCGCGCUUCUCGCGCAGGAGGAGGUAUUAUUCGGCCUCUUAAUCGCCGGCAGCGCGACGCAGGCCUGGUGGCAGCUCUACGGCGUGUCGCGCUCGCUCAAGGCGCUCAAAUCCGCGCGCGAAACGACCAUCGCGGAACUCAACGGGAUUCCGCCGGCGGGCGGCGGAGGCGGAGCUUCGGAGUUUCCCCGCGCGGCCGGGGGAAAGGCUGGCGGAAGCGGCGGGUGGCGGCGGUGGUUCAGGCGCGCGCCGGAGCAGGCCAGCGGGACAGGCGGGGGGGGAUUUGACGGUGCGGGAGGUAGCAGCAGUAGCGGGGAUAAGAGGAGUAAUGGCAGCGGUGAAAGUAGUGGGUACUUCACACGCCUAUGGCGGGGAAAUGGAGGCAGAGAGAGCAGGCCAGGGAAGGAUGAUAGCAGCAGUCUCAGCGUCCGCAGCGACAGCAGCGUUGGUGGCACCACUGGUGGUGGCACCAGCAGCAGUAGCAGCAGCAGCAGCAGUGGCGGGUUGAAAUGGCUGUUACCCGUGGGAAGAAGCAAGAGCGACGAAGGGUCGUCAAGCCAGUCAGCAGCAGCAUGGGGGCAACGUGAGCUGGGCCGGGGCCCGUCAGAUGCGAGUGAGCUAGCGGAUUACACCAACCCCCACGAGCUGGUGCUCGUCAGGGGAUCCGUGCAGCUCUCCUCCUCGCCUUCUCCCCCCUCCUCCUCCUCCACCUCCUCUUCCUCUCCGCUCUCCUUCUCGUUCCCCAAGUUAGGGGCGGGGAAAGGGUCUGGGGCGGUGGGGGGAGGGCAGGGGUCAGGGAUAGAGUUGGGCUCUCCUCCAGCUGCUGGAGCUGGGCCAGGCUGCUCUCCGCUGCUUCCAGUGCAUGGCGCCAAGCAGCCAUGCGCUGUGGUGGAGCGGUCAGACGUGGUAAGGAGGUGUGGGAAUGAGUGCAAAUGCUCUGUGCUGUUCAACCCCCUUGCUGCCCAUGCACGGCGCCAAGCAGCCAUGCGCUGUGGUGGAGCGGUCCCUUUCUCUCUAGCAGAUACCUCACACCUGUCAGCGCCACGUGUCGACAUCUCAUUGGUGGGCGCCACACAGCCACUGCCACUGCACACCGUCUACAGUCACAUGCAAAAGGCCGACCCGUCAUGGGGCGCCACCGCCCUGCACGUGCUUAUAGGGAAGCGCCUGCCGGUGGGCCUGCGGACGGACGAGAGGGUGCUGCCAAUCAAUCACGAGCUGACAGCUGUCGGCCAUGUGAGGCGAGGAUCCGACGGUCGGCCCGCCAUCUUCGCUUCGCCCAAGUUCCCCUUCUUCCUCUUCCCAGAGACCAAGGCGGGCAUGAUGCAGAAGCUCAACCAGCGGUGGGGGGCGCUGCUUGGAUGGGGAGUGCUGCUGUCUGCUGCCGCUGCAGGCGUCAUCGGCCUUGCUGUGUGGAAGACGUAUCGCCGCCGGCAAGUCAGGCGGCAGCGGCGGCAGCAGGUGGAGCAGGCAGAGCUGGAAAGGUGGAUGGCGAUUCUCCUGGAGAGGCAGCAGCAGACAGCAGGAACAGGAGGAAUGGGAGCAGGAGGAAGAGCAGGAGCAGCAGGAACAGGAGCAGCAGGAACAGGGGCAGCAGGAACAGGGGCAGGAGUAAGAACAGGGGCAGAGGCAGAAGGGAGUAGAUGGGAGAAUGCUGAAGGCGGUGUAAUAGCAGCUUCGCCUUCGGAAUUUGAGAGGAGUUUGGAGAAUCUGAUUCGAGGUGGGGAUGCGGAUGAGGAGGAGGUGGUGGGGGAGGAGGUGCAGAGCGGGGAGCUCUGUGUGGUGUGUCUGCAUCGCAAGCGCAAGGCAGUGUUUAUUCCGUGUGGCCACCGCGUGUGUUGUCUAUCAUGUUCGAGGGUUGUGAGGGUGGAGCAAUCGCUGUGUCCCAUUUGUCGGGGGCAGGUUCUGGCUGCUUUUCGUGUGUACGAUGCUUGA